AGAAGAUCUUCGUGAUUUCUGACCCCUCCGAAUGUCUAGUAGUAUAAAUACUUGAACAUUCCAAGUACGCAAUACGAUGGCUUGGAUUCAGAAUCAACAGACCUACAGGCUCAUAAACAGUCAGGGAUGCACUGCUGUUGACCUCUCGAAUGAUGAUAACUACACCAUAACCGGAUGGUCUCCCAACGAUGGUUCCAACCAAGCGUGGAUUUUUGAGAAUUACGGUGACGAGAGCGGCUGGCACAUCAAGUCUGCUCGCUCUGGAACAUAUCUUGGAGUUGAAUGUGACCCCCAUGAUGGCACCGAGGUCUUCGCUAUUUCAACCACUUCAACCAAGUGGGAUAUCAAAGAUUCUGAUCUCCAAGGUAUCAAAGGCAUUAGGAUAUCAGUCCAUGGUAUGGAUCUCAGCUUAGAGCUGUCUAACGAUGAAAAUGCAGCGGACGGCACGAAAGUCCAGCUUGCGACCAGCUGGAACGCCGCCCAUCAGAUCUGGGCGGUUACCAAAUGGGUUUGUAUUGAGAACCAGCACAUUUAUGGCCUCAAAAACUGUAAGGCGGGUACUGCCAUCGACCUCUCGGCUACCGAUGACUGCUCCAUCACGGGAUGGUCUCCCCACAAAGGGUCUAACCAGUCGUGGAUCUUCGAGAGCGGUGGAGACCACAACACCUGGUUCAUCAAGUCUCCUCGCUCUGGAAAAUAUCUUGGGAUUGAAGGCGAGAUCUGCAGCGCCAAUAAUGGCACCAAGGUCGUCGCUGUUUCAUCCCCUUUCAAGUGGGAUGUUGAAGAUACUGACGUUCCAGGUGCCCUAGGCAUUAGGUGUGCAUGCCUUUCAUAUGGUGUAUAUCUGGUCGUCGACUAGUUCUGCCCGGUUGUCUUCUACCACCCGACAGAAUAUUGGCCCAUGGUACGAAAUUCAGUAUAGAGCUGUCUGAUCCAGCAGACGGUACGCAAGUUCUGCUUUGUACCGGCUGGAAAAGCGCCCAUCAGAUUUGGGCACUUACCGAGCGUCGCUGAUCAACAAACUACUAGGCUUCGGGCAUGAGCUUGUCGAGUCAUAACACCACACAAUGCCCUAGGUGUAAUACCAUCUGUUCUCUCGUUUCUCAGCUAUAGUUCCUCACAGUACCCACACUUACGCAGUU